AAACACGCUCGGCACCGCUCAAAAAGUUUGCAACUUUGCGCUCCAAAACACGUUUUCACGUUUCGCUCUGAAUUUCAGGGAAUUCUGAGCAAUGAUGCUUUAAGAAAGACACCGCGACCGUUAAGAAAUGGACCCAAAAGAGGACCCUGAGGAAGUCGCCGUGUCCGACGACGAGGGAGGUUCACCGGCUUCUAAUCCAGGUGACGAUGAUGAUGAUGACUUCGACCAACAGAACCCUCCUGAAGAGGAAGAAGAAGCGUCGGAGUAUGAAGAUGAUGAUGUGGAGCCGCUCGACGAAGAAGAAGACGACGUCGAUGAUCGUUUUUCUGCUCAAGCUCAGCCACCUUCGCAAAGCCGUAGCCCGGAGGUUGAAGUUCUGAGCGUCUUGAGUAGUGAUAGCGACGAAGAUGAUGAUGACUUGCCCCCAGCAAUGUCUCAUAACCGGACAAUCGCUCUCAGCAGCUCGCCUAUGCAGGUUUCCGACAGGACUGAGGAAGAGGAUGUCAGCGGCGAGGAGGCUGAAGAAGAGGUGGACGACGAAGAAGAAAUGCAGCAGGGAGGUUAUGAGACAGAGGAGAUGGACCCUAGUGAGGAAGAGCAAAGUGCAGACGAAGAGGCCCUGCAGAUAACAGAAGAGGGCCCUGAAGAUCCAGCUUCUGAAAAAGAAGAAGAGGAUAUUGCAGAAGCGGCUCCGAGUGAAGCUGGAGGCGACAGCAGCAUUAACUACAAAUUUUCCAAGCCCUUUGAGCCGACUGAGCCAUUAGAUUUGCCCCAUUUGGACCCUUUGACACAAGACUUGAUGGACUCUGUUGAAGAACUGAAGGUCCUGCCUGAUAGUGUGCUCACUAAGCUCACCAACAUUUGGGCUGCCAAGGACAGGGAGCUUAAAAAUUUGAAAGAUCAACUUUCAGCUUCCGAAGAUAUUUCUUCCACUUCCAAGUUUGAGGAGUUAGAGUCAAAUUUUGCUAUUGACAUGCCUCCUGUUGAGCAGACGUUGGAAGCCUUGAAUGAAGCUUUAUUGAAGAAGCACAAAGAAGUGAAACUUAUGCAUUUGCAGAGAGACAGUGCCCAGUCUCGAGAAAAAGAAGUGCUUCGUCAGUUGAGGUGCAAAGACGAAGAAGUUCAACGAAUUGCUAUUGAAAAUAAAAACCUUUCUGCUCAACUCACCUUAGCUAUCACUACAAAAUGUGAUGCCUCUUUGAAGCUGCAAAGCAUUGAAGGAAGAGAAAUUGAGUUGAACAACAAGGAGUGGAGACUGAACCAGGAAAAUGCCUCGUACAAAGCCAACCUGAAGAAUGUUACUGAAAAGCUUGAUAGUACAGCUCGAGAGCUAACUCAGCUGAAGCACGAAAUGUCCGUCAAAGUGACAGACCUGGAAAUUCUGCUGCGAGAAUCUAGAAGCGAAGUUGAAAGGGCUGAAUCUGCUGCAGCAUCUUUGAAGGAAACUCUUGCUCAGGAAGAGCGAAGGAUCGAGAGCCUUUUGGAAAAGCUCCGAGAGGCCCGGGAUGCAGAAAUUUCAAUUCGAGAGGCUCACAACCAAGAAAUAAAUGCCAAAGUUCGCAUUGCAAAGUUGUAUGAAGAGCAAUAUAAAGAAGCAGAAAAGGUCAACUCGCAAUACAUUAGCACCAUAAAUGAACUGCAAAUUACAAUCAGAGAAGCUGCUGAGAAGUGUGGAGAAUAUGAGACUAGAGCUGAGACACAGAAAGUUGAUUUUGAGAGAGAAAUUGAGCAAAAGAACAAAAUGAUCUUUGAUUUGCGCGAUGAGCUGAAAAACGCCAAUGCGCUUAUUAAACAACUGAAUGAAAGCAUUAUGGAGGAACAAGUUGCUGCCAUUGCACCUUCUGCAUCCUCGGCCAGACAAAUGAUUCAUGCCAACCUGACCUUUACUGAGAUUUAUAACAUGUACAAAAACAAGGAGAAUGAACUUGAACUUGUGAAAGCUGAAAACGAAGAGCUUAGGGCAUCCAUGGCUGCAACAAUGAAUGAGAUCGAGGAAAAGGUUCCUUUGUUGAGCAAAGAAAGAGAAGUAUUGAAUAUGACCAUGAUGGAGAAUGAACGCAUCGUUGGUGACUACGACAAACUUGCUCAGGAGCUUGAAGUUGUCAAAGAAGAAGCUCUACAAGCCAGAAGAAAUGUAGGACUUAUACAAAGGGAAAAACAAAGGAUGCAAAACCAGAUAGACGAUCUUAGCAGACAAGUUGUUGUGCUGUUACGAGAGGUCGAGGCACUAAACUCGAGACGUCCAACUUCACGUUCAAGCUUUUCUGAGAGCUACAUGGACUAUUCUAGAAUGACUCCAAGUGAAAUGCUUUCUCACAGGCUUGUCCCCUUCCGUGAUAUUGAGGAACUUCAAACAAGAAACAUCGAGCUGCUGGCAGCCAUUCGAGAACUGUCCAAAGAAGCUGAGGAAGAAGCCCAGUUGAAAGAAAGUGGAAUGGACAUUUCGUCACUUGUAACUAAGCUUGAGAAUGCUGUGACAGAAUUGAAUGAGAUGAAAGAAAAGGAGUGCCACAACCGUCUUUUAAUUGAGCAACUCACAGAGCAGAGGAAUCAAUUCCGAGAUAUAUCUCAGCACGGCCGAGGUUCUCAUGACGUUGGCUUGUCACCCAUGAAAUUUGAUGCAUCCCCAAGGAAGAGAGCUGGGCCACUGCCUCCUCUAAACGAGGACAAGGAGUUAAAUGCUCAGCUUGUAAAGGCAAAAGACGCUUUUAAUAAUUUGAACAAGGCUUUUGAUGCCCUUAUGAAGGAGAAGACUGACGAGUCGGCAUCUCUCAAUAAGGAAAUUGAGAAGCUGAAGGAGAAGAUUGAGGAGAAAAACAUUGUGGUGGCUAAGCUGAAUGCUUUGUGCGAGCACAAAGAAGGAAAGUUGACUUCAGCUCUAGAUAAAAUCAAAGACUUGACUAAACAAGGAGAAGCACUACAAGCUAAAUGCAAAUCUCAGGCAGAAUUCCUCUCAAAUGAAUCAAAGAAACGCCAAGACUCGAUGAAUGAGCUGCACAAUUUGCGUUGCUCCUUGAAUCGCAAAGAGUCUGAUUUGAACAAAGCAAGAGCAGAACUCGAGAAUGCAAGAAUGUUGGAGGAGUCUUUGAGGAAGGAAUGCUCAACCUGGAAGAAAUCCUAUGAAGAAAGAGGUUCCAUUCAAGCUUCAGUUGAGCAAAUGCGAGUGGCUCUUGAGAAAUCAAGAACGGAAGGAAGUGAAAUUCUGAUCCGACAACUUGACGAAAGUAGGCUGGAAGCAGCUAGCUCGCAAAAAAGACUGCAGGAGGAAAUUAAGAGAUAUGGUGAUGAGCUGAAGCAACUGAAGUCGGCAUUGGACCAGGAAAGAGCUAAUGUUUUGAAAGAACAAGCCAACACUGAAGCUGCCAAGGAUGAGAAACUGAUUGUCCAAGCACAAUUGAGUCAGGCCUUACGUGACGUUCAAGCACUCCGAGCUCACAGGAAUCCGAGCGUGGAUUCGUCCAUACAAACUGAAGUUUUUGUUAGUGAAGAAGUGGUUAGGGAGAAGAUUAUGGCUCAGAGGGCGUCCGAGUACGAAGUGCUGGUGCAGUCUUUGAAACUGGAACUUGCCAGAGCUAAAUCAAGUGAAUUGGAAUUCAAGAACAUUGCUGAUGCUACAGAAAAGAGUGUUGUGAAUUUGAAAGAGGCUGUUUUGGCUGCUCAGUCAAAUUAUGAAGAAUGCAAAGCAAAAUAUGAAGAGAGUGAGAAAUGUAUGAAAGAGGUGAUUGAAAAUCUAGAGCGUGAGUUGUCCGAGACUACAGCCAGAGUGCAAACUGCAAGUGCUGAAGCAACUGAGCAGCUGGAAAUUGUCAAGCGUGAACUUGCUGACAUGAAGUCUGAGAAUCAACAGUUGCAAAUUGCUGUUGAUGAGAGUCUGGUGCUGAAAAGUGCAUUGACUGCUGCAGAAGAAGAGUCUCGAAGAGUUGGAGAAAGAUUGACUUACGAGACUGAGCAAAACAUGAAAAACAUGCAAAUCAUGGAAGAUUUGAAGAACCAAAUAUCAAUUGCAGCUUCGGAAAAAGCUGCUGUUGUGGAAGAACUUGAACAAUACAAGAAACUAGUUGCUCAAUUGGAACUUGAUCUAGAUGACAAAGAGAUGAAACUGGCAGAGGCCAGUUCAGGUCACGAGCAGGCUUUGCUGGAUAUCAGACAGCACAACGAUGCCCUGCACAACCAGAUUCAGACCAUGAGUGCAGAACUCAGUGCCAUCAAGCAGGGAACUUUCUCUGAGAGGAAGUCUUUGUUUGGAGAGGGUACAAGUCAACUCAACAUCAGCAGUAUUUCCACUGACGAUUCUCAGUCUGCUGAGCAACUGAUGCAAAUCAUUAAGCAUUUGAGAAGUGAAAAGGAAUCUCUCACAUUACAGUGUGAUGAAUUUAGAUCAAAGUGGAUGGAGGCAAAGGUCCGCAUGGAAAUCCUAGAGCAACAACUGGAAGAAGCCACAAGACGAGGUGCUUCUGAUACUCCCGAGGGUCCCGAACUUGUUACAAGAGCCAGAUAUGAAGAAGUGGAGCGUAGAAUUGAAACGAUGAAUGUCCUGAAAGAAUCUGCAAACCUGAAUCGAGAGGAAUGUGUUGAACUUAAAAAGGAUAAAGCUGAGCUUGAGCAGAGAGUCGCUUCACUCCUUCAAGAAGUAGCGGAUUACCAAGCUAAAGCCAGGAGAUUUGAGGAAAUGGCUGGUACUUUACAGGCUGAGUUCAAGCUUGCAAGAGGUGAAGCAGACAGAUGGAGGACUUGUGCCAAUCAACUUACUGAAAAAGCCAACCAAGCCAAUCCUGAGGAGCUGAAGAAACUGUUGCAAGAAAGAGAAAAUUUGCAGAAGCAGUUGCAGGCGGAAAGAGAAGCCCUCAGCCGAGAACGUGAAGAGUCCAGAAAACUGCGAGUGGCCAUUGCCGAGAAGGAUCAGCAGCUAACAAGUGUCAGUGCAGAAUGUGCACAAAGCAAGGCUAGCCUGGGAAAGGUGUCCGAGGACCACCAAAAGCUGAUUACUGCCCACACAGAGCUAACUGAUAAGCACAAAGAUUUGACGUCCAAGGAACUGACCGUCCGUAGAAUAGCUAAAAAGUACAAGACGCAGUAUGACUCGCUGGUGGUUGAGGUCAAACAAAAAGAUGCAGACAGAGCAGUUGCUGGCGCGGAAGAGGCAGAACAAGUCAAGGAAUUGCAAGCAAAGCUGGAGGAGUCUGAAAAGAGAGUUGAGAAUGCUGAGGCCACGGUUCAUGAGCUAGAGGGGAAGCUGCAGGAAAACGAAGAACAGCUUACAACUAAGGAAAAUGAGCUUAUUGCAAAGCAAUCUGAGUUGGAAGCACAGAUCACUAAAGGUGAAAAACUCAGGGACAUGUUGUCUAAAGCUAGCAAGAUAGCCACCGAAAAGAAAUCUGUAGCCGAAAAAGCCAUAUCUGACAAAGAGAUUUCUGAAAAAGAAGUAGCACGUGUAGCAAAAGAACUUGACGAGGCCAAAGGAAGGAUGGCAGCUCUACAGAGCAAUUUUGAGGGAAAGUUUGCUCGCUUGGAGAAGGAAAAGCUUGAGUUGAUGGCCCAAAUGGAAGCUUUGCAAGCAGUGCAGCAACAGCCACAGCAGCAAGUGGUGGAACAACAAAGAGUUGUGGAAGAAAAACCUCAAGUAAUUCAGCAUCCAGAAAGCCAACAAGCUUCUGCUAGUGAUGGUAAGAGUUUGAUGAGAACUGCCAAUGUUCCUCCUCUAUUUGCUUCUCAAGGUCGUGGACGUGGACAAUCUGCUGCCGUCACUCCAACAACACGGGGCACUCCAACGGCCCUUUUGAAGCCCAUGAAGGCCGAAACUGAACAGGUGCAGGCACCUAGUGCUGCCGUCACCUUGCCAGCUAGUGCAGAGCCCAGCACAUCAGGCACUAGGCCGCCUCAAACUGUCAGGGCCACACCAAGAGCUGAGACGCAGUCGACUGAAGCUUCUGGUCAGGAUGGCCAAGACGAUGGCCCCUCCAAUGCCAAUGUUCUUUUUGUGCGGCCACACGAGAUCCAUCCUGCUGCAUCUUCCAGCCAAGUGCCUACAGCAGGACAGGCGCCCUCCAGCAGCCAAGUCAGCCUGAAGAGGGUUCGGGAUGGAGAGGCCCCAUCCCUUGAGGUGGAAGAGCCAAGGCAGAGCAAGCAAAUGAAGAAUGACAGUUCUUUGGCCAGUGUUGAAGUAGAGGAAGAUGAGGAGGCAAGUUCUGCUCUGGAAUCACAAGCUGAGGAAGAUAUCGCACUGGCUGUGUCAGACGAUGAGGAGGAGGAGCAGGAAGAGAUGAUUGAACAAGUGGAAGAAAUCGAGGUUGAAAAGCAGGAGGAAGAAAUCAUGGCUGAGGAAGAAGAGGAAAAUGAUGAAGAUGACGACGACGAGGAUGAGGAGGAUGAAGAUGAUCAAGCGGAGAGCAUGGAAGACCAAAAUGAAGAUGAUGAUAACCCUCCUGAGGGCGACGGAGGAUCUCAAGAAUUUGAAGAGGAGGCUGAAGAGGGAGAUGAGGGAAAUGCUGAUGACGUCAUAUUGACUGGUGAGGACCAAGACCUGGAAACCCAAGAAGGGCAAGAAGAGCAACUUGCUGAGGGAGAGAACGAUGAUGAAAACGAAGUUCUCAUCCUAGACGACGAUGAUGAGGACGAGUCUGAACCUACUCAACAAAAUCUGGAAGCUCAGCCUUCUGAGCAGCAGCCCACUCAUCAAGUUGAGGCUUCCUCCAGUUCAAGUGUAGUUCACGAGCCUCCAUCAAGAAGCAUGCAGUACAGACCUCCACCUCCAAGCCAAGCUCAGCUUUCAUUGCCUCAGCACCAAGGCUACGAAGAAGUGGGAGAUUUUGGUAUUGUGCCAUCCACGCCAACCCUGUUUGCAAGACAGAAUGUAUUUAGCGACUCAGUCAGCUCGGCUCCUCAAGUUCCUCAAGUCACCCAGAGCAGAUUGACGGCUUCUCAAGAACAAUCCUCCCAUGCAGUCUCCACGCUGCAGUCGGACAGACUUGAAGCAGGGGACGACCAGAGCACUGGGCGCAGUGUUCCAACAACACCUCUGCUAUCUUCGCCACAAGAAACCUUGUCUGCUGGAGCUACUGCUGGACAAGGUGAAGUCGAGCUGGAAGACGACCCAGCAGAUAGUGAUCUGGGUGACGUUCCAAGCUCUAGUUCGACGGUUCCCACAAUUCACAUCAGCCCUGCUCAAGGCGAAGAAUCUUUCCAACAAGAGCAAGCCUCUCCCGCCUCAUUUGCCAGAGGAAACCGAGCGCGUCGUUCUGGAGGUAACUUUGGUCCUGGACGAGCGCGAUUGACGAGACCAACGCCAAUUGUGUGGGGUCAGCCAGAGGAGCAGCCACAACCACCACAGCAACUGACAACUCGAGGAAGAAUGACAACCGGCGCUCGGAGAUCAAGACCUUCACGCUCCAAUCGGGGAGGCAACCCUUUCCAACCCUUAGACUUUAUGUAAUUUUUUUAUUAUUCCAUGAAAAAUAGUAUGGACUGUAAAAUAAAAAUUUUGUUCUUUAUUUUAAGAUGAA